UGACAACGUCAGAUGGCGUCUGGCAACACUUACUGCUACCAAGGCCAGAAAUAUAAAUAGCUACCUACAUACAAUAUCUUUUAAAUCGUCAAUAUGUUUUAAGACUUCAGCAAGAUAGUUUGAGAUUAACAUUGAAUUUGGGUAAUCAAUGCAAAGUUAACUGAACUCAAAUUUAAUGAACUUUGCACUGAUUGGUCAAAUUUCAAUUCAAUCACAAUCCCCAAUCCUAGUAUGAUACGGGCUUUAAUGCUCUUGUUUUACCUAAAUGUCGGCCCACAAUAGGUAUUUUAAGCCUUAAUCCUUAAGAAAUUGACCAAUCACAGUCAAAUGUGAAGAGAAUAAUUAAUUGUGGGCAAACUUGUGGACGCUAUCUUAUGCACCAGUUCAGCAGUGCAGCUAAAACGAAUAGGAUUGCUUCUAAUUUAGUUCUUGUGCAAUUUAGCCAUAAAGAACAAACCUUUCAUGCAUGGCUAUAGUUUUAGAUGGCGCUGGUAGUUUUCAGCCGCGGUAAUUUCAUAUGGCGUGUGUCUGUGUGUCUAACGACACUGCGGAUCAGUUGAUAUUUACUCGUCAGCAGUAUGAACGUUAAUGAUGGUUAACGUUUUAUUCUCCAGUUUAUUAUGAAUAUUGUUUAAUAGCAUGUUUUCUAUUACUCUGAUAAACAUUGAUAGUUACCAAGCGUCUCCGAUACCCGAGCUCGACGUGACAUUCUCGGAAUUUCGUGGAUCGGAAGUAAAAAAGGUGCCGGUAAUCAGGAUAUUCGGGUCUACCGCUACCGGUAAAAAAACGUGUUUGCAUGUUCACGGUGUAUUUCCAUACCUGUACGUACCAUGCACGGUUCAGGAGAAUACGGAUAGUUUUGCGUAUCGACUGGCCGCGUCGAUUGAUUCUGCCUUGAAUACGUCUUUCGGUUGUACGCUAUCUACCAAUCAACAUGUCUAUAAAAUUCAACGAGUGUCUGGAAUACCUUUUUAUGGAUAUCACAAUAAGAAACACUUGUUCUUUAAGAUAUAUCUUUAUAAUCCUGCUAUAAUUAAAAGAACAGCAGAUUUGUUGCAGAAUGAUAUCAUCCUCAAUCAACAUUUUCAACCAUAUGAGGCACAUAUUCCCUAUAUUCUCCAGUUUAUGAUAGAUUACAACCUCUAUGGUAUGAACUUGAUCAAUUUAAACAAUAUAAAAUACAGACAUUCCUUGCAAAGAUGCACAACAGCAGAGAGUCAAAGCAAGAGUUUGACGGAUAUGUUAGACUCGCAGAUUUACCUGCCAAUAUCUGUCGCAAGACAGAGCAUGUGCGAAUUGGAAGUAGAUACACAUGCUUCGGACAUCCUGAAUAGACGGAGUAUCACCGACAAGAUGGAGCUGAAUCCUGGCCUCGCUGGUAUCUGGGAGGAGGAGAGAGCAAGAAGGGCGGCAGUUGGUUUGGAAAAUGCAAAAUCACAAUUGUUAUAUCCUAAGACACCCAGUAAGAUUAUUCUUCCUCCAACCAGCAAUGAUAUCUAUCAAGAGGGCCGAUUGUUAAAACGAUUGAUCGCUAUAUCACAAAGUGAUGAGACUAUUUCAUCAGAUACAAACGUGUCUUCGUAUCCUAUUGAAGUGGAAGACGACGAACCUGUCUUGAAUGCCUCUCACGUUUUGAGUCAUGAACUUCCUAUAUCCGAAGAGAACAUCGAAAGAACAGUCUCUGAUGACAAUCAAUUGUUGCGAUCAAAUUCAUAUUUAGAAGCGAAUCGGAGUCAAAAUUCUGUAACAGACAGCUUUUUGGACGCGGAUGACUUGCAAUUGGUGGAAAUGUUGGCUGAUUUAGCGGGGGAGAAUGAAAUUGCGAAUGAUGUGGACAACGAUAGUGUCCUCGGUUCUCAGUAUUCUAUGCUCAGCGAGCCGGCUAAAAAUGAUCAGGAGGAGGAAGAAGAAGAGGCCGAGGACCUGAAUAUCACGAGUUUGGACUUAGGCAGUGUAGGUUCUUGGGAAUUGGCGCACAAAAGGUCCGAUCAGUGCGAUAACGCGGCAAAAGCUGAGCAUGACGUGAACAAUCGUGCAUCUCCGGACGUAAGUUCCGAGGACAUCGCACUUACCGAUCUCCCACAAUUGGACGGGGUUGACGAUCUGUGUGGAAGCGCGUCAGAUCACGAGGAGGAAAUUAUAAGUCGCCCGGAUGAUGCAACAUGCCGCACUGCGAUUCCACAUUCGUCCACAGGUACGAAACACGACUCCUGCGAGAAAUUUACGUUACCGAGCGUCGAUGGAGCUACUGCGAGCGAUCCCAGCGAUUCCGAGGACGAAGUUGACGUCACUGUUGACAGACGGGAAGAGCGUGUAUGCGUUUUUAAGUCCGGCAGAAAGAAUACGCCGGGGAAGAGGAAACGGGACGACGAUGACGAUUCCGAGUCACCCGAUAAACGGAGAAACACGGACGCGAAGACACCCGGAAGAAGAGCGUUCUACAAUUCUCCGAGCAAGGCUCAUCGAAGCCCAUCACGGAAUUACUCGCCCCUCGACAUUACCAUCACGUCCCCGAGAACCGGUAGAAGUCCCGUCGAACAGUGUGAAUCUCCUAAGAGGAGGCAGUGUAUGCCGACGUCGGAUGUUCCUUCCACUUCUAAGACGCCGAAGCGCAAUACGCAACUGUUGCGUUUGAGCUUGCUCCGUGAAAAGCGCACAGGUCUUCCAAACUCGGAAAAUUCGGAAAAUAACGUCAGCACUGAUAAUGUUCGCGAGGAUCCAGUGAUUAACAUGACAGAUACUGUCCGGGCUGCUGAUGAUGCAAAUACACAAGCUAGCGGAAGGAAAACUCGGGAACCGGAGGGGGAUCGCGAGGACCGGAGAGCAAGAGGCGGCGGAGAUCCAUUGAUUCCGGGAAGCACGUUGGUUCGUAAAAGAUUAUACUUCUCGAGCAACGACGAGGUGGAAAACACUGUCACAGGGUCUGAGGGUCAGCCUAGAAGUUCGAUCGCACUCGGCCGCUUGGUCGACGAAGCGGACGCGACUAUAUUUUCGUCCGGCAACGAUGAAGACACCCUCGUGAGCAGUCAGCAUACGCAGAUCAGUAACGACACGACGUCUCCCGAAAGGGGCGACGCGUCAGGUAUAAGCAACGCGAGAAAGCGAUUCGGGAGGCAUCUCGUUAACGACGUUAUUCCCGAAACCGACGAGGACGAGGACGCGUGCGACACGACGUUUACCCAACACGUCAGCCAGAAGACGCGGAGCCAGACCCCGUCAUCGUCACGAAGAAGCGCUCGAUCGUCGAGCGAUCGUCGCGCGUUGAUCACGAUCACCACGAAGCACAGACCUCCGGAUCCCGGGAGGAUCGCGGAAAGUAUGGAGUCGUACGGCAUCCCGAGGUGCAGGGCGGAGCGGCCGUUCUUCGGCGACAAGGUCGACCUCGCGCGGCACAGGGAGUCCGCGAGCACGUCGAGCUUCGACGUGCCGGCGUUCAAGUCCAGCCUGGAAGACGUCACCGGCAUCGGACGGUGGCGGCGAAUGAAGGUGAACGAAUUCCACCCGUCCGGCGCGAGCAUCAAAACGUCCCGCUUGAAACAGACCCUCGCGGGAUACGGUUUGCUGACGAUCAGACCGCUCGCCGCGCCACCGUCUGUCAGAGAUGUCGGGAACUGGGUGAAGGCUAAGGAGUACCUGUCGAAAAAAGCCGACGCCGCGAAAUCGUGCGGACGAAGGGCGCAGGAGGGAAAAGCGGGAGAUGCGCCGCCGAACGUGACGGUCACGAACGACGAGUCCCGGCCGGGAACUUCGAGGGAACUGCCGUCGAUGAGCGACACCUCGGCCGUAGAGAGAUCCGUUUCGUUACUCAGCGGGACGUCCGAUGACAGCAGGAGGUUCGAGUUCACGCAAAGCUCCAACAAUUCCCAGGACUCCGGGAGCGCCUUGAUGAAUCCCUCUCUGCGGAAGGCCCUGGAGAACCCGUUGCUGUACAAACCGAACGAGACCGAGCAACGUUUCUCGUACGGUCAGAUCGAACAUUCGUCCGGAAGGAGCUACGGCAACGUCUCGGCUGAGAAUCUCCAGAAUGCUCGAGCGGUGGCGGCCCACCAGUACCUGACGUUGAUGUCUCUCGAGGUGCACGUCGUCACCCGGGAGGACCUCCUUCCUAACCCGCAGUACGAUUCCAUCGCUGCGUUAUUUUAUGCGAUUCACAACGACAUUCCGACGGACGCGAGCGCGCUGAUAGAACACGCCGCUGUAAUUGUAAAUCCCCAUCCUGUGAGCGCGAGACUCAACAGAAUCCACUCCGCGAGCGCGAUGUGCUCUAUAUCGUACGUUGCGACGGAGCAGGAUGCGUUCGAUAAUCUCGUGAAACUGAUGGAGCAGUACAACCCGGACAUUCUGGUUGGCUGGGAGGUGGAAGCGCUCUCGUGGGGCUACGUUUUCCAGAGAGCAUUUCACCUGGCUCUCUACGGCUUUCCAUGGAAGAUCUCGAAGGUGCCUUAUGUACAGAUACCCUCCGGCAAGCCCGACGCAUCGCACACGCUUGAGAAGGACGAGAUCAAAGUACCCGGUCGCAUUAUUCUGGAUGUUUGGAGAAUCAUGAGACACGAGGCAGCCCUGCUGACGUACACCUUCGAGAAUGUCGUGCAUCACGUUUUACACGAGAGGAUCCCAUGCCCUUCCUUCAGAACGCUGUCCACUUGGUGGAAACAUGAGAGCGUAAUAAUGAGGUGCAGAGUUAUAAGUCACUACGUUAUCAGAGUUCGGGGCACUCUCAAGAUCCUGAGUCACUUGGAUAUCAUAGGUCGCACGUGCGAACACGCCCGGCUCUUCGGCAUACAGUUCUACGAGGUCUUCUCGCGCGGCUCGCAGUUCCGCGUGGAAUCUAUGAUGCUCAGAUUAGCGAAGCCUAUGAAUUACAUACCGGUCUCACCGUCCAUGCAUCAAAGAGCCAGGAUGCGAGCGCCGGAAUGCGUGCCGUUGAUCAUGGAGCCCGAGUCCAAGUUUUACGUUGAGCCGUUGAUCGUGCUUGACUUUCAGAGCUUGUAUCCGAGCAUGAUCAUCGCUUACAAUUACUGCUUCUCCACGUGUCUAGGCAGAAUCGAACAUAUAGGCCAAUACGGGCCGUUCGACUUCGGUGCGGGGACAUUGAGGGUGAAGAAGAGCACGGCGUUGAAGCUGCAGGACAAGAUGAAUUUCUCACCCUGCGGCGUGGCCUUCGUGAAGAAGGAAGUGCGUCAGGGAAUAAUGCCGCGUAUGUUGAUGGAAAUCCUGAACACGCGUCUAAUGGUGAAGGAAUCUAUGAAGCUCCACCCGGCAGAAAAUCGCACGUUGCAGCGCGCUCUACAUUCGCAGCAGCUCGGUCUCAAGUUAAUCGCGAACGUCACCUACGGCUAUACGUCCGCGAAUUUCAGCGGUAGGAUGCCUUGUAUCGAGAUAGGAGAUAGCGUAGUCAGCAAAGGACGGGAGACAUUGGAGCGUGCGAUUAAACUGGUGGAAUCCACUCCGAAAUGGGGCGCUCGGGUGGUGUACGGCGAUACGGACUCCAUAUUCGUGCUGGUGCCCGGCAAGUCUAGAGACGAGGCCUUCGUCAUCGGCGAGGAGAUCGCGGACGCUGUCACCGCGGCCAAUCCCCCGCCCGUCAAGCUUAAAUUCGAGAAGGUUCUUCAGCCGUCCAUUCUCCAGACGAAGAAACGAUAUUGCGGAUACAUGUACGAGACGCGUGAUCAGGAGAAACCCGAGUUCCUGGAGAAGGGAAUCGAGACGGUUCGCAGAGACGGGUGUCCCGCGGUCGCUAAGAUACUGGAAAAGUCCUUGAAGAUCCUAUUCGACACAAAGGACAUCUCCCUGGUGAAGUCGCACAUUACCAAGCAGUUCGACAAGAUCCUGCGGCAACGCGUGUCCAUCCAGGAUCUGACGUUCGCCAGGGAGUUCCGCGGGAUGCACGGCUACAAGGCGAACGCUUGCGUGCCAGCGUUGGAGCUGACGCGCAGGCUGACCAGGAAGGAUCCGCGCGCUGUGCCGCGCACCAGCGAACGGGUGCGCUACGUCAUCGUCGCCGGCGCGCCGAAUCAGGCGCUCAUUCAGUGCGUACGCUCGCCGACGGAAGUGCUCGCCGACCCGGCGUUGAUGCCCAACUCCGUGUACUACAUCACAAAGGUCAUCAUGCCGCCCCUCAAUCGUUGCUUCAACUUAUUCGGAGUCGACGUCAACACCUGGUACAAGGAAAUGUCUCACCGGCAACGUUUCGACGACAUCGCCCACCUGGGAGGGGACUGUCCGAAAUCCAGCAUUCGUCAGUUCUUCCAGUCCGUCGCGUGCGUCACUUGCGGAGGACAGACGAGCAAAGGAGUGUGCGCGGAGUGCGCCUCGCAGCCAGGCCGGACUGUGCUGGUGCUUCUCGAGAAGAUAUGCCGGCUGGAGAGAACUCAUCGACAGAUCGCCGAUAUCUGUCGCUCGUGCACCGGACGAUCGGGUGACGUGGAGUGCGUCUCCUUGGACUGCCCCGUUCUGUAUCAGAUGGCUCAGGCUCGCAAGGAACUCGCGCGAGUUCCAUAUCUGAACGGUGUUGUGAGAGAGAUAGAGGAAUCUUAGAGGAAGAAUCAGACUCGACGAUGUAGAAUAUACAUAUGUAAUUAAUAAUAAUUCUUCAUCAUCUUUUUUUUUAUUA